AUGCCAAUGCACAAUCGCGUCCAACCUGUCCACGGUGUCAGCGGACAUUACGGGCGCCAAAUGGACAUGUUGAGCAGUUCCGCACCAACUGCAGCACUCGAACUUUACCAACCCUCGUCUUCCAGUUCACUCCUUCAUUGCCUCUCACGCUGUCAAAUAACGUUGAUCGUCAUCCCCAACGACGACUACCAUCCUCCUACGCCGCCGCCUCCUCCUCCUCCCCCUGCGCCACCUCCCCUCCUCCUCCUCCGCUGCCCCAACGGCUGUCGUUGUGGCGCCUGCUACGCACAUCAGGACUGCGCACAAUCCUGGCACAGCAACAAGUACCAACGCCACCUCCGUCGACACCAGAUGUGCGGACGUGGGCUACACUUGUCCUCACUGCGACCGCACCUUCACCUCACACCCCGGUCUCGCCGGUCACUCGCGAAUCCAUCGCACAGCGACUGGGGAUCAGUGCCUAGAGCAUCAACCUACACCCUCCGUAUUCUCCUCCACUGUUCAUAUCGAGAUCGCACAUUUACUCACCGCACGGAUCUGUUAGGCCACAUGAGUAUCCUCGCAAACGUACGGUAG